UAUGUAUGCAUAGGGAAACAGCUGUUUCGUGCAAUGUAUUACACUAGUGACACAUCUCACUUUACCAGGAAGAAAAAACACUUUAUGAGAUAUUGUGGUUAUACUUAUACUCUUCUGUUGAUGUUUUGUAUUAAUAUCAGUUAAAUGUAUAAUUAUUAUCAUAUCAAAAGUGAGCAUUGAAAUGAAUCAUAUAUUUACGGGAGGCGGAUCAUUUGUAGUUUCAUGAAGAAACGAUAUCGUGUCAAUUUAAAUAGUAUUACAGAUAAAGUAUUAUUUUUGAAAACGUACGGUUAAUUUAAUGCAGAAAAUGGAUAAACUAAGGAGAGCACUAAGUGGCAAUGACCAAUGCGAUGAAGAAAGUGGUAUUAUUACUCAGGUUAUGGACCAAAGUUCAUUAAGUUGGUCCACUCGAAUAAAGGGCUUUGCUAUUUGUUUUAUUAUUGGUAUACUCUGCUCCAUCCUUGGAUCAUUUGCUUUUUUUUUAAACAGGGGAUUUGCAGUAUUUGCAGUGUUUUAUACAAUAGGGAAUAUUGUUUCAAUGGCAAGCACAUGCUUUUUAAUGGGUCCAUGCAGUCAAUUGAAAAAGAUGUUCGCUGCAACAAGAGUAGUGGCAACUGUUUUAGUGUUUGUGGCAAUUGGAAUGACAUUAUUUGCAGCUUUACAUCUAAAAAAUCCUGGAUUAGCCCUUUUAUUUAUAAUUAUUCAAUCAUUGGCAAUGACAUGGUAUUCCCUAUCUUAUAUACCAUAUGCACGUGAUGCUGUUAAGAAGACUGUGGAAUCAUGUAUCACGUGAAAGAAA